GGGUUCAAAUCUCACUCACCUUUAAUUUUCUUUUAAAUAUAUAUUCAGUCAAUAUGAUUAUUUACAGUGUAUAAAGCCAGGAUUCUCUUCUAUACUGUCCAUUGAUUGAUUGAUUUAUGCCUGAGAGUAUGUUUGUUUUUAUUGAUUAUUUUUUUAAAUUUUCUUUUAGAAACUACAAACAACUCUGAGAAUAUCAACUUCCUCUGGAACUAUAGAGGCCUCCAGGGAAUUCUAUAUACCAAAAGCAAUGGGAAGGCCAAGUUUUACUAUGUCAAUGAUGGAAGAAAGCUAAUGUUUCCAGAUUUAAUUGAUAUGUGUACACCAGCACAUGCAUUUGUAAUCAAAGAUGACAUGGGUACACGCCAAAAUGUCCAUGAGCAGUUUGCAAAAAGAGCAGCAAAUGUUCUAUCACUGUAUCGCACAAAUAAAGGUAAGAGAAACUGGGAGCAAUUGGAUGAGAAAACAUUGAAAUUUCAUUUACAUGAAGACCAAUUAGCUUCUUUUCAAGAGGUUGAAGAUGAGGUAGUUUCUCUACAAAAUGAUCUACAAGAAUGGAAAGCAGCACAUGCAAACCUGGAGGCAGAAAAAAAAAACCUUUUUGAUGAAAUGAAGGACACUAUCAACAGAAUGGGUAAGGAACUAUGUCAACUUCAAAAUACCAACAAUCAACUUCAAGAGUAUAUCAAAUGCCUUGAGAAAGAUGAAGGGUUUUCCUACAAUGGAAAAAAAAUUUCUGAGACUAAGAACAGACAGCGCACAUUGAAGGCUUUCCUGACUAGAGCUGAAACAGCUUUGUGGUUUUCACAAGCAUUUGGCCUUCAUGUUGAAUCACUUAGAGUUAAAGAGGCAGACACAGGGAAAACAUACGAAGUAAAUGUUGAAACCAAAGCACAAAAAUCAGGCGAAUGUUCAAAUCCUGUUACUAACAUAAACGAUUCCGACAUGGAAAAAGUUGAACAAAUUCUUUAUCUUCUUGAUAAAUUCUGUGUCAGUGAUGAAUUUUACCACGAAUUUAGCAUGAUUGAAAAUGGUCUUCCAAGAUCUUAUCUGAUUAAACAAUGCAGAAAUGAUCUGGACAAACUUUGUCAUGUGACACCUACUCCUGGAACAAAUGAAGGUGCACAAGUAUCAUUUGAAUCACUUCUCUUGCAGCAAAUUUCAGCUUUUAAAAAGGAAAAUCCAGAGUUUGAUUUUGGCAAUGAAACACUAAAAAUAAAAAUCAGUGGGGAUGGAGCUAAAAUGACACAGAAAUCUAAUUACAUUCUUCUCUCUUGUGCACUACUCCAGAAACAAGACGAAGUUAUGUCUGCCAAAGGAAAUCAUACCAUUGCAGUAGUCAAUGGUAGUGAAAAGUAUGAAACACUACAGGUAUCUUUCAAGACUACAUUUUCAGAAAUAAAUUCUCUGAUUGACAAAGGCACUAUUAGUGUUGAUGGUCAAGAAGUUAAGCUUGAGUUUUUCCUAGGAGGGGACUAUAAAUUUCUACUGACAGUCAUGGGACUUAAGGGGGCUACAUCUUUAUAUGCCUGCCUAUGGUGUAAAAUCCAUAAAGACAAAAGGUGGGAAACAGACAAGCAUUUCCAUCACUUUAAUUCACCACCAAUGAUGAGAACACUAUUGGAAAUUAAGGAGCUGGUGAAGAAAGGAAAAGGUGAUUACUGCUGUGUGAAGGAACCACUUUUGAACAUAGACCUUGACCAUGUCAUUGUAGAUGAGUUACACCUGCUGCUACGUGUAAUGGAUGUGAUGCUAGACAACAUUAUCACUGAAGUCAUUGACUGGGAUAAGAUUGAAGAUUUCGAAAAAUCAUCCAAAGAGCCUCAAGGCAUCCAUUUGAAAAAGCUCGUGAGUGAGAUCAGAUCCUAUGGUGUGGGUUUUGAUGUUUGGGAACUCCGAAAUCCAGCUGACAAUAAAGGCACUGGAAAGUAUGAAUUUACAAGUCUGUUUGGAAACGACAAGAAGAAAAUUCUCUCCUUGCUACCAGAAAAUCUCUGUAAAGUGCUGCAGCCAAAUACCUGCACUGAAAUAUCCAAGGUGUGGAGUGAUUUCAGAAGUUUGUAUGAAGACAUAAAUUCCUGGUCCUCAGACAAAUCUGUUGACACUUUUUGGCACAAGGCACAAAACUGGUUGGAGACCUUUAUUUCUCUCAGAGGAAAGAGAAUUGGCUAUGAAAGAAAGAGAAUUACUCCAUAUAUGCAUGUACUUUUUGCUCAUGUCCCUUAUUUCCUCCAUACACAUAAAUCUCUAAAAGUAUUCACUGGUCAAGGAGUUGAGAAAAACAAUGACUCAGCAAGGAAUGUAGUGCUUCGAAAAUCAAACCACUUUGACUCAGUUGGAGAUAUUCUUAGACUUGAAAACAGACAAUGGCUUCUAAGAGAAAGAGAAAGAGCAAGCAGAAAGUACACAAAACACAAUUCUCAAUACUGGGAGCAAGAAAUCAGUGUCAAGCGUGCGGGUAAAAAGAGACAACCUGAAGCAAACAUACCCAACAUGGAAAGCAACAACUCGCCAGACACAUCUACAUCACAAGUUCAGAAUGAACAACCCCAAGCAAGAAAUGGCACAGAUCAUGAAAGGCCGGGAAAUAAAAGAAAAAGGCAUAUAGACGAUGGGGGAAAAGGAAACAGAAAAGGGAAAGGAAAGGGUAAACAAACAAAACAGAAAAAAAAAAGAGUCUAGC